AUGGGGAGCCUGGGUUCGCUUCCACGCCGCUUGCUGACGCCGGAGAGCAGCGAUUCGGGGGCUGACUCGGACCCGGCAGGGGAACCGGCUCUGCCUGGCCCGGGGCUCCCACCGGGGGCUGCUACGCAUGUGGCGGUGCCGCCAGCGAGAUACCCGGACCUCACCGGGAGUACGGGGGCGGCGGCCGCGCUGGUCCCGGCCGGGCAGCAGCCCCAGGCAGUCCCACUGCCGAGUCCCCCCAGGAAGCGGGGAGACCCGAGGAAGAGCUGCCGGUACCUGCGCGUUUCAGAGCUGUGUUCAAGCAUCUGGAUCUGGAAAUGUCUAGCCUGUAUGGCUAUGGUUACAGUCAUCUUGGUUACAAUCGUAUUGGUUAAAAUCUCCCUGGAUCUCAGAGCCAUAGAACGUGUCCCUGCUGUGACUGGAAAGUGCAUACCCUGCCCAGGAGGCUGGAUGUGGUUCAGAGGGCAAUGUUACUAUUUUUCCAAAGAAACCCAGGACUGGGAUGCCAGUAAGGAGUUUUGCAGUUCUCAUAAUGCCACACUUGCUGUGAUAAAAGAACCAUCACAACUGGAGACUAUUCACUCUUUUAAAGGAAAUGAGGAUUACUGGCUUGGACUAAGCAAAGGAGGAGAGGGAUGGCAGUGGGUGGAUGGAUCUCCAUUUACUAAUACCAUAAUUCAGUUGGAAAAUGAUGCCCCAAACUUGAACUGUGCUUUCCUUAGCAUGAAGCAAAUUGCUACUGUAGACUGCACAUCUCUAAGAUACUGGAUCUGUAUCAAAGAGUCCAGAUGAGUUUUCUCAAUCAGCAAUGAAAGGUGACAUUGUAAACAAGAAGUGGGCAGCAUUAUCUCCUGCAAAUGUAAACAAACUUAUUUGUGUAACCCCUUUGGGGUUUAGAGAGCAUGGCUCCUUUAAAUCUUUUUCCUAGGGGGGAGGGGGAAGAGUAAGAAGAAAGGAGGGAAACUCCAGGGGGCAGCGCUGGAACUCCAAGGAGAAGGAGAGGCAGCCUGAAGCCCUGGAAAAGUGAAGCAGAGAGAACCUGCUUGAAGCCUGAGAAGGACAGGGCUGAUCGGGGACACCCCAGGACAGGAGCCAGGAGGAGCACUGUGCCGGGGGGAAUCGCCCGAGAAGGACCGGCUGGAGCUGGACCCAGUAUCACUGCUGCCCAGAGCUGCAUGGGGCUGUGAGUACUGGGGCUUGUGACUCUUCAUUAGGAACAAGGAGGGAGGCUGUAGCUAGUUAAUUGGGGAGGUGGUCACUCUGUGUAGCUUUGCAGAGAGCGGCAGAAGAGGGCACCGGAGGGGUUUGUUGGGGGAAAGUUCACUGGCGACGAAGACGACCAGGAGCACCCAAGACUCACCCCUGAACUGGAACUUUGCUAGGGUUACCAUCUGUCUGGGUUUUCCCAGACAUGUCCGGCUUUUUCAGCUUUAAAUGGCCGUCCGGGGGGGGAUUUCUAAUGUCCGGGAUUUCCCCCUUCCCCUCAUGCAGAGUACGGCUUGGCUGAUUGGACGGCUGGGCCUGAUUGAAAGCCGCUCGCAGCCAUUGGGGCCUCUAGAAGCCAGAGUCCCUCCCACUCUCCCUCUUCCCCCGCAGAGCCGCGCCACAGUGUUUGGCUGCACGUGAAGCUCGCAGCUCUCC